CAAAGGCAGAUGCGCCGUCGAGCGCCACGCCCUCCAAAUCCGAUGGUCAUGAGGUCUUGCUGUUUGAGGCCCUUCGUGUGGCCUUGAUAGAAGAGAUGAAACUGGAUCCAACAGUGUGCGUGUUUGGUGAAGAUGUUGGUCAUUAUGGUGGUUCUUACAAGGUGACAAAAGGUUUGGCUGAUAUGUUUGGAGACCUCCGAGUCCUGGAUACCCCUCUUGCUGAGAACUCAUUUACUGGCAUGGGAGUUGGAGCGGGAAUGAAAGGGCUGAGGCCUGUUGUUGAAGGCAUGAACAUGGGCUUCCUGCUCCUUGCUUACAAUCAGAUCUCAAACAACUGUGGCAUGCUUCACUACACUUCUGGUGGCCAGUUUAAAAUCCCACUUGUGAUCCGGGGCCCUGGUGGUGUGGGUCGUCAGCUUGGAGCAGAGCACUCGCAGGGUUUGGAGUCAUAUUUCCAGUCAAUCCCUGGCCUGCAAAUGGUUGCCUGCUCAACUCCUUACAACGCUAAAGGUCUAAUGAAAGCCGCUAUCAGGAGUGAGAAUCCUGUGGUGCUGUUUGAGCAUGUUCUUCUGUACAACCUGAAGGAGAAAAUCCCUGAUGAGGAAUAUGUGCUCUGCUUAGAGGAGGCUGAGAUGGUGCGGCCUGGGGAGCACGUGACCAUCCUCACCUACUCGCGUAUGAGGCACCACGUGAUGCAGGCCGCAAAGACUCUGGUGAACAAAGGGUACGAUCCUGAGGUCAUUGACAUCAGGUCGCUGAAGCCGUUCGAUCUGCACACGAUUGGCAACUCCAUCAAGAAGACGCACCGCGUGCUGAUCGUGGAGGAGUGCAUGCGCACGGGAGGGAUCGGUGCCAGCCUGAGGUCGGCAAUCAUCGACAACUUCUGGGACUACCUUGAUGCCCCCAUCAUGUGCUUGUCGUCACAGGAUGUGCCGACGCCAUAUGCUUCGACCCUGGAGGAUGCGACCGUGGUGCAGCCUGCCCAGAUCGUGGCCGCGGUUGAGCAAAUCUGCCAAUAGGAUGGCUGAUGAGAAUGUGUUGAAUUGUUAAGUUGUUACUAUAUUAAUUUGUUCCUGCCAUGAAAUAUAUAUUUUCUGUUUGUUCGUUUGGCCGUGUAGCUGCUAGGCCUUCCUUGAGGUGUACAGGCUUAUAGCCUUUCUGUUUGUAUUUUGAUAUGUAUACUUGAGAGCAGAGCACUGCUGCAUUUAGUUGAUCUGCUUGUUCCUUUUCUGCGA